CAGGCAGUGGUCAUGUGCUCCUAGCAUAUAUAGCUCAGUUCCAGGAAUGAGCACAACAGAGUGCAGAGGCUGCCAGCAAGGCUGCUUACUCAUCAUCCAUUUCACAGUUCUCCGAGUAAACCCGUUAUUUCCACCGAGAGAAUAAUGGCGUCUGAUGGAAAGAGACUGAAGGGCCUUGUAGCUGCCACCUUCACACCAAUGACUCUGAACAGUGCGGUCAAUCUCCCCAUCAUCCAACAAUAUGUAGAUUACUUGGUACAUAAGCAGAAAGUAAAGAAUAUAUUUGUCAAUGGGACAACAGGAGAAGGGAUGUCUCUCAGUGUCCAGGAGAGAAAGAGGCUUACUGAGGAGUGGGUGACGCAUGCCAGAGGCAAGAUGGACAAUGUAGUUGUACAUGUUGGUUGUCUGAGCCUGGAGGACGCCAAAGAUUUGGCCGCUCACGCUGCUUCCUGUGGAGCUGAUGCCAUCUCUGCUGUUAGCCCUUCAUUCAUGAAACCUUCUUGUCCAGAUGCUCUAGUCAUGUACCUCAAAGAAGUGGCUGCGGCUGCACCAAGUCUCCCGUUCUAUUAUUACCACAUUCCAAGCCUCACCGGUGUAACAUUUCGGGUGAGUGAUCUGACCGGCAGGAUGAAAGCUCACAUCCCAUCAUUCCGAGGAGUGAAGUUCACAGACACCAACCUUUUUGACUUCAGUUUGUGCAUCCAUAGAUAUAAAGAACAUGACUUUCUGUACGGCGUGGACGAGCAACUUUUGGGGGGCUUGGUAUUUGGGGCUUAUGGAGCGGUGGGCAGCACAUACAACUACUUGGGUGCGACCACCAAUACUAUGCUGACUGCGUAUGAGGAAGGAGACCUAGAAAAAGCCAGGAAGAUUCAGUUCGCCAUACAGGAGUUCAUAGCUUUUGUAUUUGCCCAGGGCUGGGGAUUACCAGAAUUUAAACACAUCAUGUCUACAGUAUCUGGAAUUGACCUUGGACCUCCAAGAGCACCGCUGAUCUCCGGUUUCAAACCAGAGCAUCCAGAAAUAAUCAGAGAAGAAAUGAAGAGGCUAAAUCUUAUAUGAAGAGGCGUUGGCACGACUGAGCGUAUAAUGGUUGUGACCAGCAAGUCAUUUUUGCUAAAAUUACAUACAUUCUUUACAGGUCAAACACAAGUUUUAAAACUAAUUUUCUGAAGAUAGCACUUUUUUAACCACUACUUAUAGAAAAUCAAACUGAAGGUAUAGAA